AUUAAAUACAUCCAAAUUGAUUUGGUCGGUUCGGCCGAGCGUACCAAAAAACCAAUGUCGCUCUCGCUAUAGAACAUUCUGACAUUACCUUGGAGAGCCUCAGUAACAGUACACCUCUCGCACAGAAGCCUAAGCAAGAGAUGAUGGGUUUGGAGGCAGUGGGUGAUCUAGCGCUACACACAAUCCUAAGCAAAUUAGAAGCCGAAGACUCAGCAAGAGCAGCCUGCGUGAGCAAGAAACUCAGAGCUUCGGCCUCCGAAGACUCUCUUUGGUCCCAUUUCUGUGCUCGAGACCUCGACCUUUCGCAACCCCUCGACCCUCAUGGCAACCUCACCCCUUCUUUCAAGGAAGGUUACCAAUUAUGGCGUGAAGCUUUUCAUAUGUAUCCUUGGUCGCUUGUAAAGCGAGUCAAAAAAUGUUGGGACAAACUUAGAAACUGGUUGACUAUUAAUUUUCCAGAGGCUGAGUCUACACUGAACAAGGGUGCAUCAGAAGAUGAUAUUCAAGAGUUGGAGAAAAUCUUGAAAGUGAAACUUCCUCUCCCAACGAGGAUCCUCUAUCGUUUUCAUGAUGGUCAAGAUUUUGAGGACAAACAUUUUCAAAAUAGCCUGGUUGGCUGUCCAUUGGGCAUCAUAGGUGGUUAUUCAUUUUAUAACCACUUGGUAACUGUGUAUUUGUUGCCUUUACGUCAGGUCAUCUCAGAAACAAAGGAGAUAACACCCAAACUGGAUUUUCCUGGCAGAUCGAAGUGUGUUGUUGUGGCUGCAUCUUGUACAUAUAGUGAGAAGUUGUUUUUCCUGAACUGUACAAGUGGUCAACUCUAUGUUGGUACCAGAAAUCUUCUAGAUGAUGGGGAAAUGCUUCCUUGUGUACCAAAUGCGUUGAUUAGUUCAGUUCAUGAUUGCAGUGUUGAUCAACAGCAGGAUGCAAUGCUGCUUUGGUUAGAAGAACACGGCCGUCGUUUAGAAAAUGGCAUUAUUAAACUUCGUCAAGAAGAAAAUUUCAGAAGCAUCAGUCAGUUUCCAGAAGAAUCCCCUCUCUGUUCCACUGCUAUAACAAAUGGUGUAAAGGUUCGUGCUUCUGCUGUGUUUGUCCCGGAGCAGGCUACUUCUCAAAAGUAUUCAUUUGCUUAUUCAAUCCGCAUGUCCCUUCUUCCUGAAGGAUGCAUCAUCAAUGGAAUGACAUUCAGCUCUUGCCAACUGCAUUGGAGGCACUGGAUCAUCCGUGCUAAAGAUGUCGUGAUAGCUGAUGUUAAUGGAGAAGCUGUUGUAGGACAGUACCCACUUUUGCAUCCAGGCGACAGCGAAUUUGUUUAUGAGAGUUGCACACUUCUACCAUUUUCUUCUGGUUCUAUUGAAGGUUCUUUUGCUUUUAUCCCUGGCAGUUUGAGGGAGCCAAAGGGCGGCCCAUUUGAUGUUGCAGUGGCGCAGUUCCCCCUCCAGGUGCCCGACUACAUCUUCUGAUAAUUAGAUUGCGGGAUUGACAUGUUUUACAUGGAAACUCCAGUGCAAGGAUCAUCAUGGAUGCGUGUGUUUGUAUUGUUGGGCGACUGACCGUAGCAGUCCUCUUUGUAUUUAUAUGAUAUAUAUUUUGCGCAUUUGGAAUUUCAUUUUCUCCAUGCUAGCCUGUAAGCAUAAAAACAACCUAUUUAUGUGUGAAGAGCUCUAGGUAGCUCCUAGUGUGUUCCAUGCUUUGAUGUAUCCCUGUACAAAAUCUACAGAUGCUAAAAGCAAAUGCAAAUAUCGAAUAGCUUUGACCAGGUAAUCCCGAC